GCGCUUCCGUCCGCGCGCCCGGUCAAAGCGCUGCACACGAAGCUCACGGAACCAGAACCGAGCCCGGACCCCGGACUGGACCCCGGCCCCAGCCCCGGCCCCGGUGCGCGGGUCUGACAUUCCACCGGACUCCGCUGGAAAACGCUGCUGUUUAGCGCCGGAGUUUGCAGUCACAGAUGUCUGAGAAGGCCUCGCCCGCGGAGCGAGGUCCUGACCAGGACCAAGACCAGGACCAGGGCCAGGUCCAAGACCAGGGCCAGAGCCAGAGCCAAAGCCAGAGCCAGAGCCAGUCCACACUUCCCCCCUCUCAGGUUCAGUCCCAGACCCAGUCCCAGACCCAGAGUAAGUCCAGCUCCAGCGGGUCCAGCGGCUCCAGUGGGACUCUGAGUUCUCUGGACACUCUGCCCCUGACCCUCCCUUCGGUCCCAGAAGAACCAGAACCUGAACUGCCCCCUCCCUGGGGCAGACUCAUGCCCAUGCUGCCCGGCUUCAAAGUGCUCGACUGCAUACAGGACUCGUACGUCGUGGGUCGGGAUCAGAACUCGGACUAUGUUCUGGGCGACGGGAGCAGCAAAUUCCGGAUCUACAGCAAACGCCACUUCAGGAUCUACCGGGAAGGUUCUGAGGUCUUUGUGGAGGACCUCAGUAAUAACGGGACUUUUGUGGAUGGUCUUUUAAUCGGCGUCAAACGGAAAACUCCUCUGACCAACAGCGCCGUGAUCUCCCUGUCGCACCAGCGGAGGAGAGUCUUCACGUACAUAGACCUGAUGUCCAGUGAGCAGGUGGCGCCCCCUCGAGCCCUGGAGCAGAAGUACGCCCUGACACGGCAGAUCGGAACAGGCGUUUGUGGAGAAGUGAAACUGGCGUAUGAACGAGAAAAUCUUCAGAAGUUCGCCGUGAAAAUCAUCCACAAGGGAAACUUCAAAUCUGAGGGAACGGCGACGAAGAACGCAGAGACAGAAAUACAAAUACUCCAGAGAAUCGACCACCCGUGUCUGAUGAAAACUGUGGACUUUUACCAAACUGAAGAGCGAUAUUACAUCGUCCUGGAGCUGAUGGAGGGGGGGGAGCUCUUCUUCAGGAUCAAGUCCAAAAAACAGAUCCCAGAACCUGUCGCCAAGUUCUACUUCUACCAGAUGCUCCUCGCCGUCCAGUAUUUGCACAGAAACGGAAUCAUUCACAGAGACUUGAAACCAGAGAACAUCCUCCUGUCGUCCAGCGAAGACUUCUGCCUCAUCAAGGUCUCGGACUUUAACCAGUCUCGGAUCCUGGAGGAGGCGGCCCUCAUGAGGACCCUGUGUGGGACCCCGUCCUAUUUGGCCCCUGAGGUCUUCAGCUCGGCCUCAGGCUCCGGGUAUGGACUCAGCGUGGACGCCUGGAGCCUCGGCGUGCUGCUCUUCAUCUGUCUUGGGGGGUAUCCUCCAUUCCAUGAGCAGUUUGGACCUUCAGUCCGAGACCAGAUCAUGAGUGGGACCUACACCAUGCUCCCGAGGCAGUGGGGCCACAUCUCAGACCAAGCGAAGGACCUGGUGCAGAAGUUGUUGGUGGUGGAUCCCAGUCGGAGGUUGAGCAUCGAUGAGGCUCUGGAGCAUCCGUGGCUGCAGGACGAGGAGAUGAAGCAGCGAGUUCACACAGUCAUGUAUCCAGAACCUUCUACCUCCUCAGAGCCCGAAGAGACGCCCGGACCCUCGUCCUCCUCGUCCAGCAGGAGGCGCUCUGCCUCUUCUACAACUCAGGAGGAUCGAGCGCCAACGUCACGAAAACGAACCCGCGGCGAAGACGAAGAACCACCGAAGAAGAGGAAACACUGACCUCUGACCUUUGACCUGUAAAUACUGACCUGCUGAAAUAAAGAGUUUUAUUUUUA